AUGGGUGUUUUCGAUUCCGUGCUUCGCGUUGUCCUCUUCAGACUGCAACAGUUUUUCUGGACCGCCGUAACCCUAGUAGGUCUGGCGAGGGAUUGUCUGCUUUACGGAGCCGAAUGCUUUCAACUAAAACCUCAUCCCAAACCGAAAUGUCUAGAAGGAUGGGAUGAGCAUUACAUUCAACUUAAGACCAUUCGCCUUCACUACGUCCAGACUGGAUUGAACGAUAAGCCGCUACUCCUGAUGCUUCAUGGUUUUCCGGAGUUCUGGUACUCAUGGAGGUUCCAACUAAAGCAUUUCUGCGAUCGGUACAGGUGUGUGGCAGUCGAUCAAAGAGGUUACAAUCUGUCCGAAAAGCCAAAGGACGUCGGGGCUUACCAUAUCAAUUUUCUAGUGAAUGACAUUAAAGAGCUUGUCGAGCAAAAUUUAGGCUACAAGAAAUUUCUCCUAAUGGGUCACGACUGGGGAGCAGCCAUUGCGUGGAGAUUUGCUCUGACCUAUCCGGAACUCGUCGAAAAGCUGAUCAUCUUGAACGUACCGCAUCCGAGUGUUAUGCCGAUUUUGUUGAAGACAAGCGCAGAGCAGAGACGCAAAAGCUGGUACGUAUUCAUGUUUCAAACGCCAGUGGUGCCAGAGUUGUUUACCAGAAGUCGUGAUUUUCAUAUGUUCGACGUAAUGAUCCGAGGAAAGAAAGCCGGUAUAAGGCAUAGUGAAAACUUCACCGAUGAGGAUCUGGAAGCGUGGAAGCACGUGUUCAGUCAACCGGGUGCGCUUUCGGGACCGAUCAACUACUACCGUAAUAUCACUGCUUCACUUCAUUUAACAGAGUUUUUUCAGCCACCUACCAUAAUAAUCUGGGGUGAUGAAGAUCAAUUUCUCACCAAAGAAUCAGCAACAGCGAGCUUACAGUUAAAAUUCAUCGAAGGUGCUUCGCACUGGGUAAUGCAGGACGUGCCAUCACGUGUGAAUGAACUGGUGGACGAGUUUCUCGCUACGCCGAUUUCGGAAAAAAAUUCCUAA